AUGACACCGACAGGUGAGUACGAAAUUCAUUCAUGUUACAUUAUUUCCUAACACUUCAUUGCCAAAUGAAUACUAACUCUCAAAGUUUUGCAUAUUCAUACGUCUGUGCUUGGCUUUCUAACACUUUCUGGUUUUCUGAAUACUAGAAGCUACCUGCUUUUAGCAACACUAUAUUUACACACUAGUUUAGCUAGGAAAUAGCUUACAAAAUAACGGAAUAGUCUGCCGGAAGACAGAAGUGAAAUAAAAUUCAAUUUCAACUUACUCUGCCGAUUAUCCGAAGGGUUGGUUCUUAUGCAGGGGUGGGGAAUCGAGAGAAAAAAACAUCUAAAUAAAACAUAAAUCAAACGUGGGUCUGUUGUAGACUCACUUCCUCUCCCGCUCACUGUCAAAAUAAAAGUCCUGCAUGUGCGCCAUACCUGCACAGAAAAGCAAGAACUUGUGGGGGAGUUUUAUUUUGACAUGGUGUAAGCAGAGAGGAACUGACCUCUGAGGAACUGCAUGGGUCUACAACAGACUCAUGUUUGGAAAUUAUGUUUGAUUAAUUAUACGUGCCAUUAGUAGGUAGGGCAAACCCUUUUUGGUGAUUUCUGGUAUAUCAUCAAAAUAAACCAAUCGCAGGACGUUUUUGGACUCAUUCAGCAGUUUUUACCUGAUUAAGUACAAUACCAUUGGAAAUUAAUGUUGAAAGUUCAAUUUUAUAUUACUAAAACAGAAGGAAACAAAAUUAUUCUGUCGCUGCUUCCUGUUAACAAGACAUAUUGAUAAAUAUCCCAAUGUCAAAACACAGUUAACGUGUCCUAACUGUUAAGUUGCGUCAAUUCAAAUCUGGUAUAGGAACAAAAAGAGGUGAACACACGUCUUCUAAGAUUUACUAGUAUUUUAAUUAAUGCAAAACACUUCAAUGGUAAAUAUGAUGUUCGUAUAUACGGGUCCACUGAAACACCACGCAGGGCAGUCAGAGAACUGAGCCAUUGUUAUAAGUUCUUCUUUAAAUACUCUGACAGAGGUAGUUCCUGCUUCAGGCAGGCCUAUCAGAGUAGAGGCUGGGCUUGGUUUAAACUUACCCAGCCUAUCGUUGGAGCUCAGGCUGGUCCCAGCCCCUUGGCGCUUCACUGUUGCCAGGCAUUAGUUGUUAUCUUUACAAAGUCAGCAACCUCAGACAUAGUUUUCUUCUUCAUGUUGCAGUACUUUGUCGUUGAGCGGUUUAACAAAGAGGCAGUGUUUGUGUGAGUGAGUCACAAGCCUAUCUCAGCCUACCCCCUAAUGGUUCCCCACAUUAAUCACAGCUUGUUAUAUUAAACAAUCUAUAUCAGUACAGUACAAACCUAUUAUGUUUGAUCAUUAAUGCUUUCUUAUUAAGCUAACAGCACAUCUAAAAUAUAAGAUAAUAAUUUCCCACAUAACCAAUAUGCAGAAACAGUUCGUGAUUAUAAUGAGAACAACAGUAAAUGUUAUGUUUAUCUACUCAUACAUGUGCAACAAUAGUAUUACUUGUAUCUUUUUUUUAAUUGAGCACCUUAUAAACUGCACACACACCAAAAACGUAUAUCGAUUAGGGGGGAAAUAAGAUUGUAGGCCUAUGGGCUGUUGUAACUAACACAACUGAAAAACCACACGGAAACUGGAGAUAUUUUUAACGUCACUAUCUUUUGCAGGUUGUUCUCUAAUGGUGUAUAAUGGAGUUUGGCCUGCGCUAACCAUAGGUGGCGCCAUGUAACACAGUUUUGGUAGGUCACAUGACAAGAUGGCGUAUUGAACACACAGCGGUGCGAAUCACCUCAAGAUAAAAACGUAAUAUUCAAUAUCAAUAAGUUAGACUAAAUAAGAGCACUUUAUAUACUCGUGGGUAAUAACAUUCAAUCUGGAUGAUAACACAAAACAAAUCAUAAGGCUAGAGAAAUGUAUCGACAAAUAUUACAACAACAAGCAACACUCAAACAUGACGGAGGAUAAACGAGGAGAAUCAAUCUCCAAGAGAAAAUAGGCCUGAAUGAUCAGUUCCCGAGGGAGAUUGCAGAACGGUGCAAAGUUCUGUACCCAAUCUUCAAGGAAAAUAGAUUAAAGCGGAAGCGUGUUGCUCUCGUAGUCGAUAACCAAAUGUUCCGCGACAGAAAGACCACUCCAUGGCUAUUCUGAAAGUUCUAAUAGAGGAGUCGAAAAAUGGAACACCCAAUACUAGCCAUGGUAGGGAUUGUAAUAAUAAAACAUUUAUAGUAUUUUAUUAAGAGAUAAGACGGCAUUACAAGAAAGGAUAACAAGCGAAAUAAUACAUCUUCAAAUAUAACUAAUUAGAACGCAAGUAUUCAAUCAACAUAGCGGAGAUAAAAACAUAGCAAACAGAAGACAUAGAAGGCACAGUAUGUGUGGAUGUAUUGUGAUGGAAGGUGUGGUGUGCGUUUUUGUGUUUGGAAAAGUGUGAUGUUAAGUGAGUGAGAAAGGAAAUGGUUGCAUAUCCCAGAACCUAUUUGUGUGAGCAGAGGUUGUGAGAGAGAGCUUUCAAUUUUGUGCAGAUGAGGGAUAUACAUUUUAAAACAAAGUAUACAUCUAAUUUAUUUUUGCUGACCUUCUAGGCAGAGUUGCAAAGAAAAAGCCAUAUCUCAGACUGGCCAAUAAAAAUAAAAGAUUAAGAUGGGCAGUCUGAGAUAUGGCUUUUUCUUUGCAACUCUGCCUAGAAGGUCAGCAUCCCGGAGUCGUCUCUUCACUGUUGACGUUGAGACUGGUGUUUUGCGGGUACUAUUUAAUGAAGCUGCCAGUUGAGGACCUGUGAGGCGCCUGUUUCUCAAACUAGACACUCUAAUGUAUUUGUCCUCUUGCUCAGUUGUGCACCGAGGCCUCCCACUCCUCUUUCUAUUCUGGUUAGAGCCAGUUUGCGCUGUUCUGUGAAGGGAGUAGUACACAGCGCUGUACGAGAUCUUCAGUUUCUUGGCAAUUUCUUUCAUGGAAUAGCCUUCAUUUCUCAGAACAAGAAUAGACUGACGAGUUUUCAGCUGUGCUAACAUAAUUGCAAAAGGGUUUUCUAAUGAUCAAUUUGCCUUUUAAAAUGAUCAACUUGGAUUAGCCAUUGGAACACAGGACUGAUGGUUGCUGAUAAUGGGGCUCUGUACGCCUAUGUAGAUAUUCCAUUAAAAAUCAGCUGUUUCAAGCUACAAUAGCCAUUUACAACAUUAACAAUGUCUACACUGUAUUUCUGAACAAUUUGAUGUUAUUUUAAUGGACACAAAAAAUGCAUUUCUUUUGAAAACAAGGACAUUUCUAAGUGACCCCAAACUUUUGAACGGUAGUGUAUAUUUAAAAAAGCUAAUUGAGGUGAGAGCAUUGGAAAUGCUUUUGGCUGUUGACCUGCUUCUGUUUUGUGGGUGGCACUGUGUGCUGUUUUCGAAGGACGGGUCCUGGCCUCCUGGGGUGCCUGGGGGGACAGGGGUGGUAUGCCGAUCACUGGGAUGACAACCCAACUUGGGAUGGGGAGGGGCUUUAGCGGGGGGAAUAGUGGAGAACAAUUGGAGGGUUACUUAGUAGCAAUGCAAAUAUCAUGGUAGAGCUAUAUGGACACUCAAUCACUAUGGUACUUUUUAUUGGUAAAUUUACAAACAUAUAUUGUGAGAAAGAGAUUUGAAACUUGUAUCGCAUUAUGGUAAGUGGUGAAAUUAGUAUAGCCAGUUAUAAUUGUAAUGGCUUAGCAGAUAAUAACAAAAUAAUAACAAUAUUUACAUGGCUCAAAGAGAAGGAAUAUAAUAUCUAUUGUUUACAGAAAACUCAUUCAACAAUUCUACAGUCGUGGUCAAAAGUUUUGAGAAUGACACAUACUAAUUUUCACAGUCUGCUACCUCAGUUUUGAUGAUGGCAAUUUGCAUAUCCUCCAGAAUGUCAUGAAGAGUGAUCAGAUGAAUUGCAAUUAAUUGCAAAGUCCCUCUUUGCCAUGAAAAUAAACUUAAUCCCCCAAAAACAUUUCCACUGCAUUUCAGCCCUGCCACAAAAGGACCAGCUGCCAUCAUGUCAGUGAUUCUCUCAUUAACACAGGUGAGAGUGUUGACGAGGACAAGGCUGGAGAUCACUCUGUCAUGCUGAUUUAGUUAGAAUAACAGACUGGAAGCUUUAAAAGGAGGGUGGUGCUUGAAAUCAUUGUUCUUCCUCUGUUAACCAUUAUCUGCAAGGAAACACGUGCUGUCAUCAUUGCUUUGCACAAAAAGGGCUUCACACAAGGAUAUUGCUGCUAGUAAGAUUGCACCUAAAUCAACCAUUUAUCGGAUCAUAAAGAACUUCAAGGAGAGAGGUUCAAUUGUUGUGAAGAAGGCGUCAGGGCUCCCAAGAAAGUCCAGCAAGCGCCAGGACCGUCUCCUAAAGUUGAUUCAGCUGCGGGAUCGGGGCACCACCAGUGCAGAGCUUGCUCAAGAAUGGCAGCAGACAGGUGUGAGUGCAUCUCAAAUCAAAUUUUAUUUGCCACAUGCGCCGAAUACAACAGGUGUAGACAUUACCGUGAAAUGCUUACUUACAGCCCUUAACCAACAAUGCAUUUAUUUUUUUAAUAAAAACGUAAAAUAAAACAACAACAAAAAAGUGUUGAGAAAAAAAGAGCAGAAGUAAAAUAAAAUAACAGUAGGGAGGCUAUAUACAGGGGGGUACCGGUGCAGAGUCAAUGUGCAGGGGCACCGGCUAGUUGAGGUAAUAUGUACAUGUGGGUAGAGUUAAAGUGACUAUGCAUAAAUAAUUAACAGAGUAGCAGCAGCGUAAAAAGAUGGGGUGGGGGUAGGGGGGCAGUGCAAGUAGUCCGGGUAGCCAUGAUUAGCUGUUCAGGAGUCUUAUGGCUUGGGGGUAGAAGCUGUUGAGAAGCCUUUUGGACCUAGACUUGGCACUCCGGUACCGCUUGCCAUGCGGUAGCAGAGAGAACAGUCCAUGACUAGGGUGGCUGGAGUCUUUAACAAUUUUGAGGGCCUUCCUCUGACACCGCCUGGUAUAGAGGUCCUGGAUGGCAGGAAGCUUGGCCCCAGUGAUGUACUGGGCCGUACGCACUACCCUCUGUAGUGCCUUGUGGUCAGAGGCCGAGCAGUUGCCAUACCAGGCGGUGAUGCAACCAGUCAGGAUGCUCUCGAUGGUGCAGCUGUAGAACGUUUUGAGGAUCUGAGGACCCAUGCCAAAUCUUUUCAGUCUUCUGAGGGGGAAUAGGCUUUGUCGUGCCCUCUUCACAACUGUCUUGGUGUGUUUGGACCAUGAUAGUUCGUUGGUGAUGUGGACACCAAGGAACUUGAAGCUCUCAACCUGUUCCACUACAGCCCUGUUGAUGAGAAUGGUGGCGUGCUCAGUCCUCUUUUUCCUGUAGUCCACAAUCAUCUCCUUUGUCUUGGUCACGUUGAGGGAGAGGUUGUUAUCCUGGCACCACACGGCCAGGUCUCUGACCUCCUCCCUAUAGGCUGUCUCAUCGUUGUCGGUGAUCAGGCCUAACACUGUUGUGUCGUCAGCAAACAUUAUGAUGGUGUUGGAGUCGUGCCUGGCCAUGCAGUCAUGGGUGAACAGGGAGUACAGGAGGGGACUGAGCACGCACCCCUGAGGGGCCCCCGUGUUGAGGAACAGCAUGGCAGAUGUGUUGUUACCUACCCUUACCACCUGGGGGCGGCCCGUCAGGAAGUCCAGGAUACAGUUGCAGAGGGAGGUGUUUAGUCCCAGGAUCCUUAGCUUAGUGAUGAGCUUUGAGGGCACUAUGGUGUUGAACGCUGAGCUGUAGUCAAUGAAUAGCAUUCUCACGUAGGUGUUCCUCUUGUCCAGGGAAAGGGCAGUGUGGAGUGCAAUAGAGAUUGCAUCAUCUGUGGAUCUGUUGGGGCGGUAUGCAAAUUGGAGUGGGUCUAGGGUUUCUGGGAUAAUGGUGUUGAUGUGAGCCAUGACCAGCCUUUCAAAGAACUUCAUGGCUACAGACGUGAGUGCUACGGGUCGGUAGUCAUUUAGGCAGGUUAUCUUAGAGUUCUUGGGCACAGGGACUAUGGUGGUCUGCUUGAAACAUGUUGGUAUUACAGACUCAGUCAGGGACAUGUUGGAAAUGUCAGUGAAGACACUUGCCAGUUGGUCAGCGCAUGCUCGGAGUACACGUCCUGGUAAUCCGUCUGGCCCUGCGGCCUUGUGAAUGUUGACCUGCUUAAAAGUCUUACUCACAUCGGCUACGGAGAGCGUGAUCACAUAGUCAUCCGGAACAACUGAUGCUCUCAUGCAUGCUUCAGUGUUGCUUGCCUCGAAGCGAGCAUAGAAGUGGUUUAGCUCGUCUGGUAGGCUUGUGUCACUGGACAGCUCGCAGCUGUGCUUCCCUUUGUAGUCUGUUAUAGCAUUCAAGCCCUGCCACAUCGUCGGAGCCGGUGUAGUACGAUUCAAUCUUAGUCCUGUAUUGACUCUUUGCCUGAUUGAUGGUUCGUCGGAGGGCAUAGCGGGAAUUCUUAUAAGCGUCCGGGUUAGAAUCCCGCUCCUUGAAAGCGGCAGCUCUACCCUUUAGCUCAGUGCGGAUGUUGCCUGUAUUCCAUGGCUUCUGGUUGGGGUAUGUACGUACGGUCACUGUGGGGACGACGUCAUCGAUGCACUUAUUGAUGAAGCCAGUGACUGAUGUGGCGUACUCCUCAAUGCUAUCAGAAGAAUCCCAGAACAUAUUCCAAUCUGUGCAAGCAAAACAGUCCUGUAGCUUAGCAUCUGCGUCUUCUGACCACCUCCUUAUUAACCAAGUCACUGGUGCUUCCUGCUUUAGUUUUUGCUUAUAAGCAGGAAUCAGGAGGAUAGAGUUAUGGUCAGAUUUGCCAAAUGGAGGGCGAGGGAGAGCUUUGUAUGCGUCUCUGUGUGUGGAGUAAAGGUGGUCUAGAGUUUAUUUUUAAUUUUUUUCACCCUCUGGUUGCACAUUUAACAUGCUGGUAGAAAUUAGGUAGAACGGAUUUAAGUUUCCCUAUAUUAAAGUCCCCGGCCACUAGGAGCACUGCCUCUGGAUGAACGUUUUCCUGUUUACUUAUGGCCUUAAACAGCUCAUUGAGUGCAAUCUUAUUGCCAGCAUCGGUUUGUGGUGGUAAAUAGACAGCUACGAAAAAUAUAGAUGAGAACUCUCUUGGUAAAUAGUGUGGUGCACAGAUACUCUACCUCAGGCGAGCAAAACCUCGAGACUUCCUUAGUAUUAGAUUUUAUGCACCAGCUGUUGUUUACAAAUAUACACAGACCGCCACCCCUUGUCUUAUCGGAGUCAGCCGUUCUAUCCUGCCGAUGUAGCGUAUAUCCUGCCAGCUGGAUGUUAUCCAUGUCGGCGUUCAGUCACGACUCGGUGAAACAUAAGAUUAAAGCUGAUCUACCCCCCAAAAAAAUACAAAUAAAUACAAAUAGACAGUGCCAAUAAUUUUCCAACAAUUUGAGCAUUGCCCUGAAUGCAUUGGAUGAGCAGGUCUGUAAUUUAGACAGUUAUUUAUUUUGUCUCAGCAUCAUAGUUUGCAGAGAGGCGUUCCUGCAGCGCCUUCUAAUAGAAGGCCAGUAUCACUGCUCAUGUGUCGUUAGAUGCUUUUUUGCCCUCCCGCGUCACUUUAUACACCGAAGAUCUCCACUAAACAUAGAAUCACAUGGUUUAUCCGUCCAAUUUACAGUAGCUAUUACAGUGACAAAAUACCAUGCUAUUGUUUGAGGAGAGUGCACAACAGCGCAACAACAGUCCCCGUAGCUCAGUUGGUAGAGCAUGGCGCUUGCAAUGCCAGGGUUGUGGGUUCGUUUCCCACGGGGGGCCAGUAUGAAAAUGUAUGCACUCACUAACUGUAAGUCGCUCUGGAUAAGAGCGUCUGCUAAAUGACUAAAAUGUAAAAUGUAAAUGUAUCACGGCAACUGGUUUGAUACAUUCACCUCUGAAGGUAAUGUACUUACAUUCAGUAAUCUUGCUCUGAUUUGUCAUCCUGAGGGUCCCAAAUAUAAAAUGUGGCAUAGUUUUGUUUGGUAAAAUCAAUUUUUAUAUUCAAAUGUAGGAACUGGGUUCUACAGUUUGAACCCCUGCUGUCUCUGGCUCCACACCCACCCCGCCCGGCCAUCUAGAUGUGUGAAAGUUAGUGUAUAAGCUAAUGAUCCAUCAUGUAUGACAUUCUGGGAGUUUGUAAACUUACAUUUUGUAUUACCAUAUCAUUUUUGUAUGUUCUCUAUAGUUAUGUACUUGAAAAUGUAUCAAUUGACCAAUUCGGCACAUUUGGGCAGACCUGAUACAAAAUAGUCCAGUAUUGGUCUCCUGAAUGGCGCAGCGAUCUAAGGCACUGCAUCUCAGUGCUUGAGGCGUCACUACAGACCCCCUGGUUUGAUUCCAGGCUGUAUCACAACCGGCCGUGAUUGGGAGUCCCAUAGGGCGGCGCACAAUUGGCCCAGCGUCGUCCGGGUUUGGCCGUUGUAGGCCGUCAUUGUAAAUAAGAAUUUGUUCUAAACUGACUUGCCUAGUUAAAUAAAAUAAAUAAAUAAAAUUGCGAUGCUUCACUGGAUCAAUCUGAAACUUUGCACACACACUGCUACCAUCUAGUGGCCAAAAUCUAAAUUGCGCCUAAACUGCAAUAUUAUAUUGUGGCCUUUCUCUUGCAUUUCAAAGAUGAUGUGUUAUAUUCUCCUACAUUAAUUUCACAUUUCCACAAACUUCAAAGUGUUUCCUUUCAACUGGUAUCAAGAAUAUGCAUGUCCUUGCUUUAGGACUUGAGCUACAGGCAGUUAGAUUUGGGUAUGUCAUUUUAGGCGAAAAUUGGAAAAAAAGGGUCAGAUCCUUAAGAGGUUAACACAUUGUGCGGUGGCAGUGCUGGACCUCUUCAUGCCUAUCAUGUCAUUAGCUAGCUAAUAUGCACAUCCACAUAGUUUCUAUAGAUAAGAGUUGAAAUGUGAACAAUGUCAGUUAUAUUUACAGACUGCCAAUUGGUUGCUAGUGUUUAAAGGGAACAGGGAAAUGUUGCUAGUGUUUGUAGUGUUACGGGGUGGCAUGUAGCUUAGUGGGUAAGAGCGUUGUGCCAGUAACCGAAAGGUCGCCGGUUCUAAUCCCCGAGCCGACUAGGUGAAAAAUCUGUCUGUGCCCUUAAGCAAGGCACUUAACCCUAAUUGCUCCUGUAAGUCACUCUGGAUAAGAGCGUCUGCUAAAUGACUAAAAUGUAAAAUGUAGUGUUGACUAUCUGAUAGUACACCUGCCACAGUAUCUUCUAACCGCAUGAACAAUGCUGAAACUAGACCUAGUUCAUACCACAUGCCAUUGAAUGACAUGAAUCAUCCCCUGCAUAGUGAAAAAAAAAUAUUUCCUCAAACACUUCCUCACGGUUUAGAAGUAGACCUUUUUCCAAGACGAACCAUCCAACUCAUGACCAACCUUUCUUUCACCCAACAGAAGAGUUGGCAUCUGGCAGUGGUGCGCCAUUAUGUGCUGACAACCGCCUGCGCUGGGACCUGACCCCCGAGCAAAUCAAUCAGCUCUCAGAUGAGCUUAUUGCCAAGACCAAAAAGGUGUAUGACUUUGUCGGGGCCCUGGACCUGGCCAGUGUUUCCUAUGAGAGUACCCUGAAAGCUCUCGCUGAUGUGGAGGUGGAGUACACAGGUGGGUGUGACUCCAAAAUAGCAUCAUUUCUUCAACCCCUUUCCUGUAUGACCACAGUGGAUUGAAAUUAAUAGGUUAUGAUGUAGCUAAAGAGGGCAAAGAACAAGUCCCUGCACUUUGUUGGUAGCUGAUGGGCAGGUUUCACUAAAACAAAACUGAGGAUACAUAAUCGGUUCAGUCUAGCAGUUCAGUCCAUAGCAACCACACAAAGCAUCUACUCCACUGUCAUUGUAAGCAAUUGGGAAAAUGUCUAAGUUGGUAUGCAAUGGUAUAGACAAAUCAGCACAUUUACAUAAAGACUAGCUGACCAGCCUAUGCUCCCUACAAUAGUGUUUUUGGCAUUGUGUUGAAGCCAGGCACAGGCAGUGGACACUGGACUGUACAUGUUAAAUCAGUCAGUUGUAGCCUUUUAUAGACUCAGAGCAGCAAAAUAUCUACGGUAAUUCAAAAUGUACAAAAGAGCUUGUUUUUAUCAUUGUUUGCAUCAUUUUAGGCCUUUAAGACUGUUUGCUCACAACGCACAUUCCCCAAAACCUAAGCCUAUGUUUCAAGCAGACAAUGGUCAGGUGUUCAAAUCCGUUUAGACUGGUUUUAUAAACUAUUUGUGCGUGCUACACAUUGGUAAUGGAUUGAGUCCCCCUAUUUAAGUGUGAAAGCACUUUGAGCACUGAGAAAGCACGACAUGCACUGUAUCAUGAUGACAAUUGUAUCACUUACAAUGAAAAUGACGCUCAUAUUACCUGCUCACUUUUACAUUUUGACAUGUUAUUCCAGUUGAGCGCAACAUGCUGGACUUCCCCCAGCAUGUGUCCUCCUCCAAGGACGUGCGCACGGCUAGCACCGACGCCGACAAGAAGCUGUCGGAGUUUGAUGUGGAGAUGAGCAUGAGGGAGGACGUCUACCGGAGGAUCGUGGCGCUGGAGGUGAGGAGGGCCAUAUGAGAUCAAUACAGAGGGUACCAAUAGAUAAAAGAUGUCAAUAGUCUAUAGUGGCUUCCUCUCCUCAUCUCCUUAUUCUUUAUCUGCACUGAUCUUAAAAUACAAUCAGUGCAUGUGCUUUCAUCUUCCCACUUCAUUAGAUCAGUACUAAUAAAGGAGAGGAAAAGGGGAGCCACGACCUGUUGAGCUGUACCUAGGAAGAUAUCGAUAGGUGAUUCCUGUAUGUUUUUACAUGCUAUUGCCUCAUGUUGUCUUUAGAAUUAUCUUAUGGCUACGUAAAGGUUGGGUGGAGUAUCAUUCUCAUUGGCUGAGUUCUGCUUUUAACCUCUCACAGGGGAAGGUUGACGAUGACACGCUUACUCAGGAAUCCAAGAGGUACAUGGAGAGGCUGAUCAAGCUGGGCCAAAGAAACGGCCUCCACCUGCCCAAAGAAACACAGGAUGUAAGAGACUUUACCGUUUUCACGGACCCCCCCAAACCCCACACCAAUCCCACUCCCAACGGCCAGUAUACAGUAUCAGUUCUCUAUGUUUGACAGGUAGUAUGAAACUGCGGCUUGGAAUAUUGUUUAUUCAUACUAUGCAAUGUAUUCUCAGUGAAUUUAGUAAUGUUUUUCCCCCCUGUUCAGAGAAAUUAGCCAUUGAAGUCUUGCAUUUUUCCCCCAUAAAUGUAUGUGAAAGUACCACUUUUGACCAUUCGAUGCAGCUGUUUCUGCUGUUACUGCCACACCCUUUUAUCCAUUUAGCUGGUUUCUUGUGUUUAUUAAAUGGACCCUUUUGCAACUUUGUGUAUAAAACAUUAGCCUUUGUCCAUGAUGAAAAGGUUUGGUCAUCCAUACAAUUCAAGCCAGUCCUCCAUGAAAGCAAUUCAAACACACACAAACUGUCCUUCUCUUAGGCUUAAUCUGUGUCCAGGAAACGGCCCCUGUGUGUGUAGUUUAUUCCCUUCCAAAAAGGUCUGGAUUAGUUAGACCAUUUCUGGUGAACAAGCAAACCAACAGCAGUUCUAAAGGUUUCAAUGUCCCAAAUACACACUGUAUAUUGUUUUGUAAUGGUGUUGGGUUUAAUGGUAAAUAUCACUAAUCAAACAACAUAGAAAUGUUUUCUAACCAUUUUAUUGAAAAACAUAAGACUGCUAUGUAAUGGUUUAUAAUUGUAUUAUUUUAUUAGGGUUGUCACAACAUUUUAGUCUCUAGCCCAUUUCUCCAUCACAUUUUUGGACUUGUAGGAAAAGUCUUCAUAUGAGAAUUGCACCAUAGGGAUAACCCUCUCAGGGAGCUGCCGAUUGUUGGGUUGAAGUAUUAGGUUGCUAAGAGAAGGACAAACUGAAUUGCUUUCAUGGAGGACUGGCUUGACUUGUGAGGAUGACCACACUAUUUAUUUUCAUAAUGCGCAAAAACUAUAUAUUUUCUACCCAAAGUUGCAAAAGCAUUUUUGUGAUCCAUUUAAUAAACACAAGAGACCAGCAACAUGGAUAAAAGUGUGUGGCAGUAACCGCAGGAACAGCGGCAUCUACUGGGAAAAAUCUGGUGUUUUCACAGUGAUCUAUGGGGGAAAAUGCAAGCGACUUCAAUGGCUAAUUUCUCUGAACGGAGGAAAAACCACCAAUACAUUACAUAGGAUGAAUAAAGAAUACUGUAAGCCGCAGCUUCAUACUACUUGUCAAACAUACAGAAUUUAUACUGGCCUUUGGGGUGGGCUUGGUGUGAGGUUUGGGUGGGUCUGUGGGUGUCUUUUGACCAUUUAUUUGGAUUCUCACGUCUUAAUCAUUGUUAAAAGGUUUGGUUUUGGUCCAAAUCGGAUGUUUUAGUGCUAUAUUUAUUGAGUAGUAUAUGAAUCCUAUAAAUGGAAAUGGACAAUUUUUGGUGCAGUCGAUUUAGCUUAAUUUCUCACAGUUCAAAUAAUCUUUCAACAAAAUAAUGUUAUUGGCAUGCUAAUCUUAUCUGUUCCUAACAGAAAUGAUUUCAGAACAAUCUGAGAUGGUGGGUGUCAAUCUUCUUUCUUGUGCUUUUUGAGGUGGAAUAACUCGUGUCAUACUUUGAUCUACAGUAGGUUCACUGUUGUCAACUUAUUGACUUUACCUAUCUAAUCCAAACAGGAAGUCAAGAGGAUCAGGAAGAGGCUGAGCAACCUGUGCAUUGACUUCAACAAGCACCUGAACGAGGACACCACUAGUCUGGCUUUCACCAGAGAGGAGCUGGGUGAGUCCAUGUUCACUGGGCCUAACAGUUCAGACCCCAUUUCUGUUGUUGGACCUUUGCUCAUAUAACUAAUAGGUACUAUCCAAUAAUAGUAACUAAAUAGUACUUAAUAGUAUUGGUAUCAAUUCCGAUUUGUUAAAAUAUCUUCAUUAAAAAUAGAUGGCCCUCUGAAUUGGAAUUUCAGUAUACUAUCUACUGAAUUGACUCAAAGUGAACUGAAGUAACCAAAGUGAAAUUCAUCCCAACCUGGCUCUUUACAAACUAUAAGCUCACAGGGACCUAUCGAAGCCUCCCUGUUCUCUUGUAGCAGUAACGAUCAAAAGGAUGCCAAAAACAUAACUUUCACCGACAGUUGCUGUGCCGUUCGACCUUAACUGAUUCAUCAACAUUAAGGGGAAUCCCACUUAAUGGAAACUGUUGUAGAAUUUAAAUGUCUCAUUCUUGGCUAUAUGAAAGAUCUAGCGAGUUUUCAGGUUUCUAAUUUGAUUGCUUAAAAAAAAGAAGAUUCUAAAAGCACUAACAUUGAAAGUAAAUCCAUAAGUAUGACUUCUGACAUGUAUGACGAUGCACUUCAGGCGGUCUCCCUGAGGACUUCCUGAGCUCGCUGGAGCAGGACGGGGACAAGCUGAAGAUCACGCUCAAGUACCCCCACUACUUCCCGACCAUGAAGAAGUGCUUCAUCCCCGAGACCCGCAAGAAGCUGGAGGAGGCCUUCAACUCUCGCUGCAAAGAGGUGAGCCAUUGUCUGUUCUGUGUGAGACAGUGAUACUAUCCUGUACUGGGAAAGGGUUGACCAGAGAAAGUACUUGAAACAAGAAAAUCGCAGAGCCCCCGAGAAACUCAAAGAAAGUCGAACUGCUGCACGAAACGUUUACAAUUUUUUUUUAGUUUAUUCUCUGAGCACCAAGGAUAACCUGUAAAGUUACUUAAAAUGGUCCCCUGGAAUGGAUUUCAGCCCUCACCCUCUGUCAUUUUCCCCUGGUGUAGAAGAACUCUGCCAUCCUGAAGGAGCUGGUGCAGUUGAGAGCCCAGAAGAGCUCCCUGCUGGGCUUCAACACCCACGCUGACUUUGUCCUAGAGAUGAACAUGGCCAAGUCUGGCAAGAAGGUGGCCGGCUUCCUAGGUGGGUGUUACUGAUCGAGACUGGGUACAACUAACUGAAAGGUUAUGGUCCGUUGUUCCAUUUCCAAAUGACCAGUGUACAUUUUGCUAGUUGUUUUGUGAUUAACUAUUCAUAGCUGCAGAGGCUGCUGUCAGUUGUAUCAGAAACAAUGUAGUGCUUCAUCUGCUUCACUAUACUCCCCUUACCCCACUGGCCGUAACCACCCUGUUCCAUUUUAGUAAAAGUAUUGAUGUCAUAUUGUAUUUGUUGAGGGCAUUGCUCACACUCAACUAUGCAUUUACAAACAAAACUGCUACAACACAAAAUGGUUCACAUUGCAAAAAUGGAAUGACAGCAGUGCACACAGGAUGCAUGUUUUUCUGCAUAGAAAAGUCUUGGGCCAGCCGCCCAAGUGUUUUCUAUUUAAAUGUUUUAUAAUUUUUGGGAUGGAAAACGUUUUCAGUGUAAACUCAAACGACUAACACCUGAUAUAAAGUAUGUAGAAAAGAUAAUGGACCUAUAUUUUUUUAAUAAGAUCAUCUUUGAGAACUAACAAUCAGCAAAAUAAUGCAUUCAGGGGUAUUUCUGUCAUGGCAUGGGGCCUCUGUUGUUUUUGUUAUGUUUGAGUCACUCCGAUAGCAUAAGAACACAGCAUAAGCCAUGGCAAAAAGUGUAGAAUUGCAGGAAAUUAGCUUUAAAGAGCCACUGAACUGCCUGAUUUGGCCUCAUUUUGAAGCUUGGUCAUUAAGAAAUGCUUAGCGAUCAUGACUUAAGCCAAACGAGAGUUGCCUUGGGGGCGUGUUGUGUUUCCCCCCCUUUGCUGUUAUAACAGCCUCCACUCAUUCUGGGAAGGCUUUCCAUUAGAUGUUGGAACAUUGCUGCGGGGACUUGCUUCCAUUCAGCCACAAGCGCAUUAGUGAGGUCGGGCACUGAUGUUGGGUGAUUAGUCCUGGCUCACAGUCGGCGUUCCAAUUCAUCCCAAAGGUGUUCGAUGGGGUUGAGGUCAGGGCUCUGUGCAGGCCAGUCAAGAUCUUCCACACCGAUCGCGACAAACCAUUUCUGUAUGGACCUCGCUUUGUGCAUGGGGGCAUUGUCAUGCUGAAACAGGAAAAGGCCUUCCCCAAACUGUUGCCACAAAGUUGGAAGCACAGAAUCGUCUAGAAUGUCAUUGUAUGCUGUAGCGUUAAGAUUUCCCUUCACUGGAACUAAGGGGCCUAGCCACCUGUGUGCAAUCUAAGUCUCACAUGAUCUGUCACAUGAUCUCAGUAUAUAUACACCUGUUCUGAAAGGCCCCAGAGUGUGCAACACCACUAAGCAAGGGGCAGCACCAGGCAAGCGGUAACAUGAAGACCAAGGAGCUCUCCAAACAGGUCAGGGACAAAGUUGUGGAGAAGUACAGAUCAGAGUUUGGUUAUAAAAAAAUAUCUGAAACUUUGAACAUCCCACAGAGCACCAUUAAAUCCAUUAUUUAAAAAUGGAAAGAAUAUGGCACCACAACAAACCUGCCAAGAGAGGGCCGCCCACCAAAACUCACGGACCAGGCAAGGAGGGCAUUAAUCAGAGAGGCAACAAAGAAACCAAAGAUAACUCUGAAGGAGCUGCAAAGCUCCACAGCGGAGAUUGGAGUAUCUGUCCAUAGGACCACUUUAAGCUGUACACUCCACAGAGCUGGACUUUACGGAAGAGUGGCCAGAAAAAGGCAUUGCUUAAAGAAAAAAAUAAGCAAACACGUUUGGUGUUCGCCAAAAGGCAUGUGGGAGACUCCCCAAACAUAUGGAAGAAGGUACUCUGGUCACAUGAGACUAAAAUUGAGCUUUUUGGCCAUCAAGGAAAAUGCUAUGUCUGGCGCAAACCCAACACCUCUCAUCACCCCAAGAACACCAUCCCCACAGUGAAGCAUGGUGGUGGCAGCAUCAUGCUGUGGGGUUGUUUUUCAUCGGCAGGGACUGGGAAACUAAAUACAGGGAAAUUCUUGAGGGAAACCUGUUUCAGUCUUCCAGAGAUUUGAGACUGGGACGGAGUUUCACCUUCCAGCAGGACAAUGACCCUAAGCAUACUGCUAAAGCAACACUCGAGUGGUUUAAGGGGAAACAUUUCAAUGUCUUGGAAUGGCCUAGUCAAAGUUUAGACCUCAAUCCAAUUGAGAAUCUGGGGUAUGACUUAAAGAUUGCUGUACACCAGUGGAACCCAUUCAACUUGAAGGAGCUGGAGCAGUUUUGCCUUGAAGAAUGGGCAAAAAUCCCAGUGGCUAGAUGUGCCAAGCUUAUAGAGACAUACCCCAAGAGACUUACAGCUGUAAUUGCUGCAAAUGGUGGCUCUACAAAGUAUUGACUUGGGGGGGGGGGGGGGGGGGGUGAAUAGUUAUGCACGAUCAAGUAGUUUUUUUGUCUUGUUUGUUUUACAAUAACAAAUAUUUUGCAUCUUCAAAGUGGUAGGCAUGUUCUGUAAAUCAAAUGAUACAAACCCCCCCAAAAAUCAAUUUUAAUUCCAGGUUGUACGGCAACAAAAUAGGAAAAAUGCAAAGGGGGUGAAUACUUUCGCAAACCACUGUACUAGCUAGCUAGCCAAGCCACAUAAAUGGACUUGCCAUCGCCAGUCCUGGAACUCCAUGGGUUACCACCAGAAAUUUUAGGUCAACCCUCAACAAGUUAUCAAAAACAAAAAAGUGAAAUAGAAUCGCACCACUCAAUUAACAUAUAGUGAAAAAUUACUUUCUCUAGUUUGGAAGUAUAUAAUUUAUAUGCUAAUAGGGGGACUGUAACUACAGAAUAGAUUCAGGCAAGAGAUGCUGACGCCCUUACUAUGCAACCAGCUGUGUACGUUGCUGACAUGUUUUGCUAUUUGUUGCCAGUGCCAUAGCUAGACGAGUACCAUCCUUCAUUUAUUUUGCCCUAGAAAAUACACAAACAUUUAAGAAAAGGCAUGUUGUUUUGGGUUAGCAGAUGAAGCCCCCGAAUGCUAGGUAGGUAGCUAGCUACCUACCUUGCAAAUCUGGGUUAGUUACAGUUUCUUCAGAAACUAUUCACACCUCUCGACUUUUUCCACAUUUUGUUGUUUUACAGCGUGAAUUUUAAUUGAGAUGUUUUAGUCACUGGCCUACACACAAUACCCCAUAAUGUCAAAGUGGAAUUAUGUUUUUAGAAAUGUUUGCAAAUGAAUAAAAAUGAAAAGCUGAAGUGUUCAACCCCUUUUUGUUAUGACAAACCUAAAUAAGUUCAGGAGUAAGAAUUUGCUUAACAAGUCACAUAAUAAAUUGCAUGGACUUACUGCAAAAAUACUGUUUAACAUAAUUUUUUGAAUGACACAAACAGUUAUCUGUAAGGUUGAGCAGUGAAUUUCAAACACAGAUUAAACCACAAAGACCAGGGAGGUUUUCCAAUGCCUCGCAAAGAAGGACACCUACUGGUAGAUGGGUAAAAAAAAAGAAGCAGACAUUGAAUAUCCAUUUGAGCAUGGUGAAGUUAUUAAUUACACUUUGGAUGGUGUAUCAAUACACCCACUAAGAUACAGGGGUCCUUCCUAACUCAGUUACCGGAGAGAACGGAAACCGCUCAGGGAUUUCACCAUGAGGCCAAUGGUGACUUUAAAACAGUUAGAGUUUAAUGGCUGUGAUAGGAGAAAACUGAGGAUGGAUCAACAACAUUGUAGUUACUGCACAAUACUAACCUAACUGACAGAGUGAAAAGAAGGAAGCCUGUACAGAAAAAAAAUAUUUCAAAACAUGCAUCCUGUUUGCAACAAGGCUUCCUCAAAAUACUGCAAAAAAUGUGGCAAAGCAAAUACUUUUUGUCCUGAAUACAAAGUGUUAUGUUUGGGGCAAAUCCAAUACAACACAUUACUGACUACCACUCCAUAUUUUCAAGCGUAGUGGUGGCUGCAUCAUGUUAUUUUACAUUUUAGUCAUUUAGCAGACGCUCUUUUCCAGAGCGUCUUACAGGAGCAAUUAGGGUUAAGUGCCUUGCUCAAGGGCACAUCGACAGAUUUUUCACCUAGUCGGCUCGGGGAUUAGAACCAGCGACCUUUCGGUUACUGGCACAACGCUCUUAACCACUAAGCUACCUGCCGCCCUAUAUUAUGGGAAUGUUUGUAAUUGUUAAGGACUGGGGAGUUUUUCAGGAUAAAAAAUAAAUGCAAUGGAGCUAAGCACAAGCAAAAUCCUAGAGGAAAACCUGGUUCAGUCUGUUUUCCACCAGACACUGGGAGAUUAAUUCACCUUUCAGCAGGACAGCAACCUAAAACACAAGGCCAAAUCUACACUGGAGUUGCUUACCAAAAAGACAGUGAAUGUUCCGGAGUGGCCGAGUUACAGUUUUGACUUAAAUCUACUUGAAAAUCUAUGGCAAGACCUGAAAAUGGUUGGCUAGCAAUGGUCAACAACCAAUUUGACAGAGCUUAAAUUUUUCUAAAAGAAUGUGCAAAUAUUGCGCAAUUCAUGUGUCUAAAGCUCUUAGAGAUUUCCCUAGAAAGACUCACAGCUGUAAUCUCUACCAAAGGUGCUUCUACAAAAGUAUUGUGUAUUUCAUUUUCAAUACAUUUGCAAAAAUUUCAUUUUUUCACUUUGUCAUUGGGGGUAUUGUGUGUGUAGAUGAGUGAGAAAAUAAUCAAUUUUGAAUUCAGGCUGUAACACAACAAAAUGUGAAAUAAGUCAAGGGGUAUGAAUACUUUCUGAAGGCACUGUAUCAAUAUCUUUGUCCGAGUUGAAAUGUAUUGGCUAGCUAGUGAGCCAGUUCGAGUCAACAUUAUUGAAAGCAAGUAUCCAAUGCCUGCCCUGCAUUGAUCCUAAAUGCAAAUAGCCUACAGUUAGCUGUUGUUAGCAAGGUAGCUAGCUAACGUGAGCUAUGCACAUCUUCCUCUGACAUGCUACAUCACGUUACAAGUUAGCUUGGUGUAUUUAGCUAGCUACAGUAUCAUUCCCCUUUUAUCUGUGGUAUCAUAGCUAGCCUGGCUCGCUAGCAUUAUAAUGUUGUAUAGCCAAAAGUAGCUACUAGCUAGGUAGUACCAGCUAUCUUGCACUUAGCUAACAUACUCAACAAUGGAUGUAAUCCAUUCCUGGCCAUCUGGCAAUACUGUUGAAAUGCAUUGGAAGUUUGCACCAACUUUAUUGAAGCCCAUUUUCACUCCUAUUUAUUGAUCGAAAUGUGCGUGCGUUGCACCCAUAUACAGACUUGACAACAUUAUCCACUAACUCCACAUGGCAGCUGGGGGCGGACCACAAUGCAUUGUCUCUGGGCAAUUGGGCAUCAUUGGCAAAAGUGGGCAUGUAAGUAAUUCAUACCCAACCGUCAAGUAAGUUGUGACGAACGCACUUACAAAACUGUUUUUUUAGAUGAGACUGACUUUAGGACCAGUUAUCCUAUUUACACUUUGUAGGCAAUUUUGACACUAGAAUAAAUGUUUCUGACUCAUAUCGAUGCCACAAACUGCAUAAAAAUGGUAUCCACAAGUUCACCUGACUGGGGAAAUAGAUAAAAAAGGGCCUCAUUGCCAAAAUCCCGAAGUAUCCCUUUAAAACAGCAACAUUUUGUUUCUGCGGCCAAGAGGAGGGCCUCUAAAAUGUUCAGUUGGCGACUGCGCCCCUAACCACACACUGCUUUGCCCCUGUCACGCCCACUACCUAAACUCCAUUUUCAUCCAGAAAAAACCUUAACGCACACACAGUUUCCACCCCUCACAUCUCUGCUCUAAUGUGUGUGUGUGUGUGUGUGUCUGUCUGUCUUUGGGAGGGAUUGGGAUCAAGCAGGAGACAAACUUCCUUUGGGUACAUUUGACAGUAAGGUAAUCUUCCUUUUCUCCAGAGGAACUGGCCUGUAAAUUGAAGCCCCUGGGAGAGGAGGAGCGCAAGGUCAUCCUCAAGCUGAAGAAGAAGGAGUGCCAGAAGAGGGGCCUGCCCUUCAAGGGCGAGUUAUAUGCGUGGGACACACGCUACUUCAUGACCCAGGUAGACCAUAGGGAAAAACAACAAAUGUCUGCAGCUCUGUUAUGCUGGGCACCCAACAGUAAUCUUUUUAACACAUACAUAAAUACAUUGGCGUGGGGGGAUGUCAGAGUUGUAGAAUGCAAAGGUUAUUGUGCUGUUGUAUUAAAUAAUUGCUAUACAAGUAUGUGCAAGCCAAUACAGUGGGGGAAAAAAGUAUUUAGUCAGCCACCAAUUGUGCAAGUUCUCCCACUUAAAAAGAUGAGAGAGGCCUGUAAUUUUCAUCAUAGGUACACGUCAACUAUGACAGACAAAAUUAGAUUUUUUUUCUCCAGAAAAUCACAUUGUAGGAUUUUUAAUGAAUUUAUUUGCAAAUUAUGGUGGAAAAUAAGUAUUUGGUCAAUAACAAAAGUUUCUCAAUACUUUGUUAUAUACCCUUUGUUGGCAAUGACACAGGUCAAACGUUUUCUGUAAGUCUUCACAAGGUUUUCACACACUGUUGCUGGUAUUUUGGCCCAUUCCUCCAUGCAGAUCUCCUCUAGAGCAGUGAUGUUUUGGGGCUGUCGCUGGGCAACAUGGACUUUCAACUCCCUCCAAAGAUUUUCUAUGGGGUUGAGAUCUGGAGACUGGCUAGGCCACUCCAGGACCUUGAAAUGAUUCUUACGAAGCCACUCCUUCGUUGCCCGGGCGGUGUGUUUGGGAUAAUAAUAAUAAUAUAAUAUGCCAUUUAGCAGACGCUUUUAUCCAAAGCGACUUAGUCAUGCGUGCAUACAUUUUUGUGUAUGGGUGGUCCCGGGGAUCGAACCCACUACCUUGGCGUUACAAGCGCCGUGCUCUACCAGUUGAGCUACAGAGGACCAACGUGGCUGAAAGACCCAGCCACGUUUCAUCUUCAAUGCCCUUGCUGAUGGAAGGAGGUUUUCACUCAAAAUCUCACGAUACAUGGCCCCAUUCAUUCUUUCCUUUACACGGAUCAGUCGUCCUGGUCCCUUUGCAGAAAAACAGCCCCAAAGCAUGAUGUUUCCACCUCCAUGCUUCACGGUUGGGAUGGUGUUCUUGGGGUUGUACUCAUCCUUCUUCUUCCUCCAAACACGGCGAGUGGAGUUUAGACCAAAAAGCUAUAUUUUUGUCUCAUCAGACCACAUGACCUUCUUCCAUUCCUCCUCUGGAUCAUCCAGAUGGUCAUUGGCAAACUUCAGACGGGCCUGGGCAUGCGCUGGCUUGAGCAGGGGGACCUUGCGUGCGCUGUAGGAUUUUAAUCCAUUACGGUGUAGUGUGUUACUAAUGGUUUUCUUUGAGACUGUGGUCCCAGCUCUCUUCAGGUCAUUGACCAGGUCCUGCCGUGUAGUUCUGGGCUGAUCCCUCACCUUCCUCAUGAUCAUUGAUGCCCCACGAGGUGAGAUCUUGCAUGGAGCCCCAGACCGAGGGUGAUUGACCGUCAUCUUGAACUUCUUCCAUUUUCUAAUAAUUGCGCCAACAGUUGUUGCCUUCUCACCAAGCUGCUUGCCUAUUGUCCUGUAGCCCAUCCCAGCCUUGUGCAGGUCUACAAUUUUAUCCCUGAUGUCCUUACACAGCUCUCUGGUCUUGGCCAUUGUGGAGAGGUUGGAGUCUGUUUGAUUGAGUGUGUGGACAGGUGUCUUUUAUACAGGUAACGAGUUCAAACGGGUGCAGUUAAUACAGGUAAUGAGUGGAGAACAGGAGGGCUUCUUAAAGAAAAACUAACAGGUCUGUGAGAGCCGGAAUUCUUACUGGUUGGUAGGUGAUCAAAUACUUAUGUCAUGCAAUAAAAUGCAAAUUAAUUACUUAAAAAUCAUACAAUGUGAUUUUCUGGAUUUUUGUUUUAGAUUCCGUCUCUCACAGUUGAAGUGUACAUGUGAUAAAAAUUACAGACCUCUUCAUGCUUUGUAAGUAGGAAAACCUGCAACAUCGGCAGUGUAUCAAAUACUUGUUCUCUCCACUGUAUCUACAGUAGACUAGGUUUGUUGCCGUCCACUUAUGACUGGCUACCUGGUGCAGGCAUGUUGUUGAGUUGCUGAGCAACCGAGUUGCUAGACACAGUUUUAGAACUCGGAGAAUCGGCUGAAAAAUACACUACCUGUCAAAAGUUUGGACACACUCAUUCAAGGGUUUUUCUUUUCUUUUUACUAUUUUCUACAUUGUAGAGUAAUCGUGAAGACAUCAAAACAAUGAAAUAACACAUCAUGUAGGAACCAAAAAGUGUUAAACAAAUAGCCACCCUUUGCCUUGAUGUCAGCUUUGCACACUCUUGGGAUUCUCUCAACCAGCUUCAUGAGGUAGUCACAUGCAUUUCAAUUAACAAGUGUGCCUUCUUAAAAGUUGUGGAAUUUCUUUCCUUCUUAAUGCGUUUGAGCCAAUCAGUUGUGUUGUGACAAGGUAGUGUCACGACUUCCGCCGAGGCUGCCUCCCCUCCUUGUUCGGGCAGGUUUCGGCGUUCGUCGUCACCGGCUUACUAGCUACUGCCGCUCCCAUUCUCAUCACUCCACUUGUCUUGUCAAUCACACACACCUGGUGCUCAUCCCCUAAUUAGUCUGUGUAUAAGUGUUCCCUCUGCCCCCUUGUCUUUGUGAGUGAUUGUUCUAUGUGGGAGGAGAGUAGCUCGGUUGAGAUACUCUCAUUUAUUUAGCCAGGGUUGAUUUUUCCCCUGUGUUAUUACAUUUAUUGUAUUUUCUGAGACUGUGUUUGGUCAGGUAGGAUUGUUUCCCCUGUACCUGUUUCGAUUGCCGUUGUAGGCGCAUUGUAUGUCUGGAAGGAAUAAAUUCUGCAUCCGGUUAUUUUACUCCUGCGCCUGACUCCGUCCAUCAUUCACCACAGGUAGGGGGGGUAUACAGAAAAUAGCCCUAUUUGGUAAAAGGCCAAGUCCAUAUUAUGGCAAGAACAGCUCAAAUAAGCAAAGAGAAACGACAGUCCAUCAUUACUUUAAGACAUGAAGGUCCGUCAAUACGAAACAUUUCAGUUGCAAAAACCAUCAAGCUCUAUGAUGAAACUGGCUCUCAUGAGGACCGCCACAGGAAUGGAAGACCCAGAGUUACCUCUGCUGUAGAGGAUAAGUUCAUUAGUUACCAGCCUCAGAAAUUGCAGCCCAAAUAAAUGCUUUACAGAGUUCAAGUAACAGCACACAUCUCAACAUCAACUGUUCAGAGGAGACCGUGUGAAUCUGGCCUUCAUGGACGAAUUGCUGCAACGAAACCACUACGAACGGACACCAAUAAUAAGAAGAGACUUGCUUGUCCCAAGAAACACAAGCAAUGGACAUUAGACCGUGGACAUUUGUCCUUUGGUCUGGAGUCCAAAUUGGAAUUUUUUGGUUCUAACCGCCUUGGCUUUGUGAGAUGCGGUGUGGGUGAACGGAUGAUCUCCGCAUGUGUAUUUCCCACCGUAAAGCAUGGAGGAGGAGGUGUUAUGAUGUGGGGGUGCUUUGCUGGUGACACUGUCUGUGAUUUAUUUAGAAUUCAAGGCACACUUAACCAGCAUGGCUACCACAGCAUUCUGCAGCGAUACUCCAUCCCAUCUGGUUUGUGCUUAGUGGGACUAUCAUUUGUUUUUCAACAGGACAAUGACCCAACACACCUCCAGGCUGUGUAAGGGCUAUUUGACCAAGAAGGAGAGUGAUGGAAUGCUCCAUCAGAUGACCUGGCAUCCACAAUCCCUCAACCUCAACCCAAUUGAGAUGGUUUGGGAUGAGUCAGACCGCAGAGUGAAGGAAAAGCAGCCAACAAGUGCUCAGCAUAUGUGGGAACUUCUUCAAGACUGUUGGAAAAGCUUUCCAGGUGAAGCUGGUUGAGAGAAUGCUAAGAAUGUGCAAAGCUGUCAUCAAGGCAAAUGGUGCCUAUUUGAAGAAUCUAAAAUAUCAAAUAUGUUUUGAUUUGUUUAACCAUGUGUGUUAUUUCAUAGUUUUGAUGUCUUCACUAUUAUUCUACAAUGUAGAAAAUAGUAAAAAUAAAGAAAAACCCUGGAAUGAGUAGGUGCCCAAACUUUUGACUGGUACUGUAUGUUGGCAUUGUCAGAAAUGCUUCAAAAAGGUAGCACAUUGUUGGUUCUUAUUGGGCACGUGAGGGUGAUAAAUUGUGCAUCGUACAAACUGUUGCAGCUCAACUUAUUCCGUCCAAAUGGAACCAAGUCUGAUGGUCAUUUUAUGGACGCUGUAGUGUCGUUUUAAUCCGACGUCUAGAAUUUGAGCUAGGUUUGGGCAAAAAAAUUACGCUAAAGACUUUGAAAAAUCCAGUACGUGGUUCUCGGUAACGGCUGAACUGAUCAUGCCAAGAGGCGGGGUGUGUGUUGUGUACCUCCAAGUUUAUUUGCAAAGUUUCAUCGACAUUGGUGUCAUAUUGGCUUAGAUAUGAUGGUAGGAAGAUUUGAAUUUAACAUUGAGCAUUUACAUAAGUAUUCAGACCUUUACUCAGUACUUUGAUGAAGCACCUUCACAGCGAUUCCAGCCUUGAGUCUUCUUGGGUAUGACGCUACAAGCUUGGCACAUCUGUAUUUGGGGAGUUUCUCCCAUUCUUCUCUGCAGAUCUUCUCAAGCUCUGUCGGGUUGGAUGGGGAGCGUCGCUGCACAGCUAUUUUCAGGUCUCUCCAGAGCUGUUCGAUUGGGUUCAAGUCCGGGCUAUGGCUGGGCCACUCAAGGAUAUUCAGAGACUUGUUCCGAAGCCAAUCCUGCUUUGUCUUGGCUGUGUGCUUAGGGUUGUUGUCCUGUUGGAACCUUCGCCCCAGUCUGAGGUCCUGAGCGCUCUGAAGUCACCCAGUAAAAUACUACUUGAGUAAAAGUCUAAAAGUAUUUGGUAUUAAAUAUACUUAAGUAUCAAAAGUAAAAGUACAAAUAAUUUCAAAUUCCUUAUAUUAAGCAAACCAGGUGGCGCCAUUUUCUUGUUUUUUAUUUAUUUACGUAAAACCAGGGGCACACUCCAACACUUAGACAUAAUUUACAAACGAAGCAUGUGUGUUUAGUGAGUCUGCCAGAUCAGAGGCAGUAGGGAUGACCAGGGAUGUUCUCUUGAUAAGCGCGUGAAUUGGACCCUUUUCCUGUCCUGCUAAUCAUUCAAAAUGUAAUGAGUACUUUUGGGUGUCAGGGAAAAUGUAUGGAGUAAAAAGUACAUCAUUUUCUUUAGGAAUGUAGUGAAGGUAAAGUAGUCAAAAAUAUAAAUAGUAAAGUACAGAUACCCAAAAAAAACUACUUAAGUAGUACUUUAAAAUAUUUGUACUUAAGUACUUUACACCACUGGCUCUGACAUGCAUUGUCAGCUGUGGGACCUUAUAUAGACCGGUGUGUGCCUUUCCAAAUCAUGUCCAAUCAAUUGGAUUUACCACAGGUGGACUCCAAUCAAGUUGUAAUAACAUCUCAAGGAUGUCAAGGGGUCUGAAUACUUUCCGAAUGCAGUGUAUAAUGCAAAAAAUAUAUAACGUAAUUUUAAAAAAUCAUAGCUCUGUAUUUUUCACUGCGGUGGUAGAGCUGACCUAGUGGCCUAUGCGGCCUAUAUUUUCCCCUGAAGGGAUAAAGUGUUGAAUUGAAUCUGCCCCACUGUAGGUGGAGGAGACCCAAUAUGCGGUGGACCAGAACCAGCUGAAGGAGUACUUCCCCAUGGAGGUUGUGACCCGGGGCCUGCUGGACAUCUACCAGGAACUGCUGAACCUCACCUUUGACCUGGUGGAGGACGCCCCCGUGUGGCACGACGACGUCACCCUCUACUCCGUCAAGGACCGCACCACGGGCACGGUGGUGGGACAGUUCUACCUGGACCUCUUCCCAAGGUGAGUCAGAGGAAAGCGGAGGAGAUUGAAAAGGGCAGAGGAUUUUAAUGAUGGCUGCAUACAAUUAGUUAUGUAUGAUGAUUUAUUUUGAUAUAACCAUCUUUUGUAAGGAUUUUAUAGUUUUGGGGGUAAGGUAUUUUAUUUCAUUGCUCUCCAGAGUUGCGGUUGAAUUUGUCUACUGCAAUUGAAACAGAGAAGAGCCCACCUUUGCUCCUCCACAUUAUGAGGGAGACAAUAAAAUACAAAUGUUUAGCCAGUCAUAUUGAACAGUCAUGGUAAUUGUGCGUAACCCCUCCCAGAGAGGGGAAGUUCGGCCACGCGGCCUGCUUUGGCCUGCAGCCCGGCUGUCUACUGUCGGACGGGACCCGCCAGAUGGCGGUGGCGGCCAUGGUGGCCAACUUCAGCAAGCCCACGGCCGACGCCCCCUCUCUCCUGCAGCACGAUGAGGUGGAGACGUACUUCCACGAGUUUGGCCACGUCAUGCACCAGCUCUGCGCUCAGGUGUGUUUGUGUGUGUGGUGUCAUUGCUGGUACACAGUAUACAACGUUGUUUAGUUCCUAAGCACUGAAAUUAAUGUUUGAGUAAAGGCAUUUUAGUGUGAUGGUUAAUAUAUUUCCUGCUCUCAAUACGUCAUUAGCUAUUUAAUACCUGUAAAAUCAACGUAAAACACAUUUGUAAGCAGUGACUUUUAGCCCGUUUUAAUGCCUGAGAGGGCAGUGUACUCCUCAAUGACUAUUCAGUAUAAAAUAUAUAUUUGAUAUGGUAUACAAAAUGUAAUCAAACUGAAAUGAACACCAAAAUGAUAUGCCCCUUCCCUUUUUCUGUCUAGUUUAAUGUCUAAUAGUAGUUAUACUGCAGGAUGCUGGGAUUAACAGAUGCAUGUCUCUCCUCUCUCUGCUGCUCCCAGGCGGACUUUGCCAUGUUCAGUGGGACACACGUGGAGCAGGACUUUGUGGAGGCGCCCUCCCAGAUGCUGGAGAACUGGGUGUGGGAGAAGGAGCCCCUGCAGCGCAUGUCCAAACACUACAAGACGGGUGCCCCCAUCCCUGAUGACCUGCUGGACAAACUCAUUAAGUCCCGCUUGGCCAACACUGGUGGGUCACCAUGAAACAACACCCUGGCUCUUUCAUAGAACACCCCGCUUAAUAAUACCCUUUACACCAGUGCUGGAGUUUAGGUUAUUGGGCACUCCUGAAGAGCUACUAGGUUUAAAGGCUUCAGUGUGUUAAUGCGUUAACCCUCUCCCUCCCAUGCAGGUCUGUUUAACCUGCGUCAGAUCGUCCUGGCCAAGGUGGACCAGGCCCUACACACCAAGAAUGGGCUGGACCCGGCCGAGGAGUACGCCCGGCUGAGCCAGGAGAUCCUGGGCGUGCCUGCAUCCUCAGGUCAGAGACAACCUCAACCAAUGGGCCAAACCACCAUCACAGCUGUAGUUUGGUAGCCUUGUCCCAGAUCUGUUUUAGUCAUCUUGCCAACUCCUAUAGUCAUUGUCAGCUUUUAAAACAAAUCAUUUUUCCUUCGCCAUUGUGCCCAUAGGAACCGACAUGCCAGCCACAUUUGGCCACCUGGCAGGUGGUUACGACGCCCAGUACUACGGUUACCUCUGGAGCGAGGUCUUCUCCAUGGACAUGUUCUACGCCCGCUUCAAGCAGGAAGGCAUCAUGAACCCCAAGGUUGGCACAGCUGAGCUAGUUAUUUACGAUCUUAGCUGUUAUUUACAAUGCUGUUUUUACACUUGACCAUCACCUAUUAUCUAGUAGUUGGUAUCAGGCAUCAUUGGUUAUUGAUGCUAGUGAGCAGUGACUGCUUGCAGCCCUCCAGAACUGGAGUCAUGUAGUCUGACUUGUCUUUUUCAGCGCCAAAUCAUUUCACCUUGGCAGAAAUGUCAUUGUUGUCGGCUAAAAUGGUCACCUACUUGAUGCUGAUGAAGUGUAUUUCCAUCUCUUCUAGGUGGGGCUGGACUACAGAAACUGUAUCCUAAAGCCUGGAGGCUCGGAGGACGCUGAAAAUAUGCUCAAGAACUUCCUAGGGAGGGAGCCAAAGCAAGAAGCUUUCCUCCUGAGCAAAGGACUAACGGUAGAGCUGGAGGCAGGCACUCCAUGUGCCUGUUGA